ACAACCUCCCCCACCUCCAACCCACCUGUUCCAAUGGAUGCAGCCUUGAGCCUCAUUCCCCAGUGACGACGACAUCGUCACAGCGACCCCGCCAUUCACUUCUGGAAGUCGAGGUUCAUCAAAACGGGUAUUUCUCAGGAGGGGAAAGUCAUGUCUCAAUCGCUGCGGCCCUAUCUGCAAGCAGUGCGGAGCACUCUCACCUCUGCGCUAUGCCUCUCCAACUUUGCCUCGCAGACUGCUGAACGCCACAACGUCCCCGAGAUUGAGGCCCAGACAUCCCCCGAAGUUCUCCUCACGCCUUUGACUGUUGCACGCAACGAGAAUGAGCGGGUUCUCAUCGAGCCGAGCGUCAAUUCAGUCCGGAUCAGCAUAAAGAUAAAGCAGGCCGACGAGAUUGAGCAUAUUCUCGUACACAAGUUUACACGUUUUUUGACCCAAAGAGCUGAAUCGUUCUUCAUUCUCAGGAGGAAGCCAAUUAAGGGCUAUGACAUUUCCUUUUUGAUAACCAACUUCCACACGGAAGAGAUGUUGAAGCACAAGCUGGUGGAUUUCCUCAUCCAGUUCCUUGAGGAGGUCGACAAGGAGAUCUCGGAAAUGAAGCUAUUCUUAAAUGCAAGAGCGAGAUUCGUAGCGGAAUCUUUCUUGACUCCAUUCGACUGAGGGUAUCUGCGCAACACCAGCAAGCAAUCGGUGGAUAGAGUCGACCUACCGAUCAAGCCUCGACUCGUCGUAUCAUGUUUGGCGUUUGGGUGGAAACUCGAUUUUAUUCCUCGAUGCUAUCAACCUCGGUCGUCCCAGAUUGUGGCCAGUGACCAUGGCUCGCUACCUGCGGGUCUAGAUUUCGGUCCCAUGGUUCUCGUCGAUAUGCCAGCCAGCCAAUAUAUUGUACCAAGUCCA